AUGGCCUCGCAGUUGCUGACUCUGAGCUUUCUCCUCGUGCUCGUAUCUCUGCUGGCAGCACAGGGCCAGGAAGAACCUGAUCCCAAGGUCCAAGGAGUGCCCUGGGAAACAGAAAUGUGCCAAAGGCCUCGGUGGGACUCAAGGCUGCAACUGGCACCAGACCAGGAGAAUUACAAGAAGAAUGAAGAAGUGAUGCUGACUUGUCCUGAGGGUCUCCAGCCGUCCUUGACCCAUGUAAAAUGUGCGAGAGAAGUCCAGUCUAUUAGUCAUGGGAAACCCGUAUACAGAGAAGUUUGGCUUGGAAGGGACAGCAGCAGUGGCUGGAUCCGCAUUCGGUCCAGCGUGGAGUGCGUCGAGGUCCUCCAGGUUAUCUCCCAGGCCUUGGAGAUCUCCAGCACCAGCAUCAAACUGAACUGGACCUGUAGGGUCCCUGAAGUCUGCCAGCGCAUGCGGGCCACGUGCCGUCUGUCAGGGCCUUCCUCCCCUCCCUGUGAUGCCGAGGAGGUGACGGGAGAGGAGGUGCUAAGUGGUCAGGAGGGGACAUUUGCCUGUUCUGCUCUGCAGCCCUUCACUGACUACAGUGUCACCAUCACUGCAGAGAAGUUCACCUGCAUCUGCUACAGCUUCUCUGUUGGGCAGCCUCCAGGCUCGUGGCGUGGGACUGUGAUUGGGCUGGUUGUGCUGUUGGUGCUGCUCCUCGUGUUUGCAGGGAUCCUGUGGUUCGUGCUUUCCAGGAAAAGGAAUUCCAUGCCCGGCAAGGCUAAGGAAGAUAACUGA